AGCAGGGAUCAGCUGCCAUCUAAGCAUCCGUCUAUGGAGAUACGUUUUCUGUGAUAAUUCAGACCAUAAACUGGAAGCCGACACAAGGAUGGUGGAUUCUAAACAGGUUUUACCAAAGGUACCUGCGCUCUGUUCUCAAAGAUGGAACCUCGCUGUCAUGUGUUUCUUUGGCUUUCUCAUCGUGUACGUCACUCGUGUGAACCUGAGCGUGGCCAUCAUCUGCAUGGUGCGUGCUCCGCGAGUCAACGUCACUUCCGUCGAUCAAAGAAACCUUCUUACAGGGGGUCAAACUUCUGAGGUCAGCACCAUUCCUAUCAAUGUGACUACAGACGAAGGAACAGCAGAGGAUGAAAGCGACUGCAGUUUGGAAAUUAUGAAACCAAGCGUGUCUAUGAGCGAUGGUGAAUUUGUUUGGGAUAAGGCGACACAAUCUCGUCUUUUGGCCAUGUACUUCUAUGGGUACAUUUUCACUCAAAUUCCGGGUGGUUGGCUGGCCGGUCGCUACGGUGGGCGGCGCGUGUGGGGGGUGUGUCAAAGCAUCUGUGCCCUCAGUACCCUGGCCACGCCCCUCGCUGCACGUGCCCAUGUCUACCUGGUCUACGCCCUCAGGUUUCUCCUGGGACUAGCAGCGGGUGUUUCUUAUCCCUGCGUGUACGCCAUGAUGGGCAGGUGGGCUCCGAAACUGGAGAGAAGCAAAAUAAUGUCCUUCUGCGUCACCGGAUCCUCGGUUGCAAACGUACUGACCUUCUCACUGUCCGCACUGUUGUGUGUCUAUGGUUUCGACAACGGCUGGGGCUCCAUCUUCUAUCUGUCCGGUAUAGGCAACCUGGUGUGGGUCGUGGUGUGGUUUGUGGUGACGGCAGACACGCCAGCUAAACACAAGAGGAUCAGCGAGGCUGAACGGAACUACAUACAGAGUUCUAUUGGCGACACACCCGAGGACAAGGAAAAGCUUCCGACCCCAUGGCGAGCCCUUUUGACAUCAGCUCCUGUCUGGGCAUGUGUUAUUGCUCAAAUGUCUUCUACAUACAUUGCAUACACUCUACUGACGUCACUUCCUGCUUUUAUGAAGGAGGUUUUGAAGUUUGAAAUAAAGCAGAAUGGAGCUUUGUCAGCGCUGCCCUACCUGUGUCAGGCCGUGAUUUCUGCGCUGUCGGGACAAGUGGCUGACAGGUUGAGAGAGAGGGGCUUCCUCAGCACCAAGAACACCAGGAAGCUCUUCCAGAUCUCGUCGUCACUGGGAAUGGCAAUCUGCAUUGUAUCUGCUGGAUAUAUAAAUUGUAGUCAGCGACCUCUGGCGGUGUUUCUGCUGUGCCUUUGUCUGUCUUUCUACGGGCUAUCCCGCGCAGGAUACAUCGUCAAUCAUAUUGAUAUCGCCCCUAGACAUGCCGGGGUGAUGUUUGGUAUCACAAACACUGCUGGCACUAUCCCUGGAAUGGUGGCACCGCUAGUCGUUGGAGCCCUGACACCAAACAGAACAGCUGAGGAAUGGCGUCACGUGUUCUACGUCUGCGCAGCGCUUUCCGUUGUGGGCGCGGUAGUGUACGGCAUCUUUGCAGAGGGAGAGUUACAGAGCUGGGCGGCUCCUCCACCUGUGGAAAACACUGUGAAAUAUGAAAGUGCAAAAGUGGAAAACGACAACGAGAAUCACACUCAAACCUCAUCCGAGCGAAAAGACGUUUCUCUAGGGGACGUCACCCCAAACAACUCCAAUCUUGUCUCCCCAGGAAAGGAGGACACCAACAAGAGUAGAAUCUGAUUAUUUGCGCUUAAAAAAGCACCGUGCAAAAAAGAGAUCUGCUUUUAAUUCAUACAACAAAAAGAAAUAUGAUCAACUAUUA